AUGACAAAGCUUUUCUCACGGGGACCUUGGACUUUAUGGCGACAGCCAUUUUUCACCGCCCGUGAGAGGAUCGCGGAUGGAAUCGAUAUUCCGUCCGCACAUUCCCCAAUCUUCGAUUUGGAGUCUUUCUUCUGGGCCCUAGUCUACGUUCCACUUCACUCUGACACACAGGGUGGUACCUCCAACACACGCGAUGCGUCUAUCUUCAGGUCUCUUUUCGGAUCAUUCCCUGCUUCAGAGAGCAAGCGGUCUGCCUUUUUGUGGUCAAAUGGGGCUUCGGAAAACAUUUACAACGCACAAUGCUGUCUCUCACCGCUGAAGGACUUGUUGAGAAGACUUCUGGACUUUCUCCGUGAUUAUCAUCAGCAAUCUUUGGAAGCAAUGAACGGGAAGGAAGGAGAAAUCAGAAAGGCAGGGUUCAUCGGCAACAGCCGAACGAUCAGGAAGGGCGGAAAGGGCGGAGAGGGCACGGAGGGCAGGGAAGUAGGGAAGGUAGAGAUGGUAGAGAAUGCCGGAGAGGUGGAGAUGAUGUGUCCUUGGACCGAGGGCGAGGAGAACAUGGCUGUUGACGAGUUUAUCGAGAUCCUCGGCAAUUAUGUACGAGAGCAGGUGGAGGGUGGGCGUGAAUGA